AUGCCUCCCAAGGUAGUGGCUGCAGACACAGACCCAAUGCUGCAGGGUACCUACCUUCAGGACGACACGAAGGAUUUUGGGCCAUCUUCGGAGGCGCUGGAUCAAUUCGAGGCCCAUCUCGCAAGCGGUCAGCCUGCGCACAGUGGGCCAUCGUCGAAGAGGCAACUGCUGCCGAUGCGGAGGGUCUCGGGGGCUCAGCGUCAAGGCCAGAAUGGGAACUCCAAUCAUCAGCUCAAUCACGAACAACAACAGCAGCAGCUCCAUCGUCAUGGGCUGAAAGGCGCCAACCACCAGCCACCACGGGGAGAUCAUGAGCUGACAGAAGAAGAUCAGGCGCGACUGGAGGAUAUUGAGGCUGUCCGUCACUUGGGGAACGACAGUGACGGGGAUGACGAAUAG